AUACUACAAGGGAUUAAAACUCACUUCAAAGUCGUUUGCAAUUCACCAAAUCAAUCAGAUAGUUUCUAAAACUUAAAAAAGUCAACGUAACUUAAUUAUUUUGUUUUUGUCGUAAAGGAGAAAAAUAAAUGGGCUUUUAUUUUGUUCUUCAUAAAAUUUAACCGCGCCUCAUAAAUCGAUCAACCACAAGCAUUUCAAUUUCCAUUACCAAUAUAUAUAUUCAUUCAUUCAUUCCUUCACACACGCAGUCUCACAACUCCAAAUCUCGUCGUCACCGUCAUCGUCACCGUCAUCCACCAAAAACCCUUACAUCACACAAUUCUCGAACCUUCUCGAUCGGUUUCCGUCAUCGUUUCCGUCAACUCUUCCGCCAUUGAUAUCAAAUUUUGCAGACUUUGUUUCAAUUGAUAUGAAAACUGUGUAACAAUCGUUGAAUGAACCAUCGCUCACUAUGAAAAUGCCAGCAAUACCGAACGGGAAUCAACAAUUUACUAAUGCUUCUUCUGUUAAUCAAUUUUGGUCUAACAAUUGUACCGACGUUAGCUUCAAUCAGCUUCAGAAGUUCUGGAGUGAAUUGUCGCUACAAGAUCGGCAAGAACUCCUGAGGAUUGACAAGCAAUCCCUUUUUGAGCAAGCCCGUAAAAAUAUGUACUGCUCCAGGUGCAAUGGGUUGCUUCUUGAAGGGUUUUUGCAGAUUGUUAUGUAUGCAAAAUCUUUGCAGCAAGAAGGGUCGGGUGCUCAAUUUCCUUGCAACAAACUUGGAGGUUUGAAAAAGCAAAAAAAUGGCGGAUCAAGUGCUAUAAAAGGGCACCAGGAUGAAAUUCAAGAUCCAUCUGCCCAUCCUUGGGGAGGCCUGACCAUAACGCGCGAGGGCUCAUUAACACUUAUGAACUGCUACUUGUAUUCAAAGUCUCUAAAAGGAUUGCAAAUUGUCUUUGAUGGGGCACGUGCUAGGGAGCGGGAAAGAGAACUGCUUUAUCCUGAUGCCUGUGGUGGGGCAGGCCGUGGUUGGAUUAGCCAAGGAAUAGCGAGUUAUGGCAGAGGGCACGGAACAAGAGAAACAUGUGCCUUGCAUACUGCCAGACUUUCAUGUGAUACACUGGUAGAUUUUUGGUCAGCGCUUGGAGAGGAGACUCGAUUUUCUCUUCUAAGGAUGAAGGAAGAUGAUUUUAUUGAGAGACUUAUGUACAGGUUUGAUAGCAAGAGGUUUUGCCGAGAUUGUAGAAGAAAUGUUAUUCGAGAAUUCAAGGAACUAAAAGAACUGAAACGCAUCCGCAGAGAACCUCGUUGCAGCAGCUGGUUUUGUGUUGCCGACUCGGCCUUUCAGUAUGAGGUAACUGAUGACUCAAUUCAAGCUGAUUGGCGUCAGACAUUUCCAGAUGCUUUGGGAACAUACCAUCACUUUGAGUGGGCUGUGGGUACAAGUGAAGGAAAAUCCGACAUUUUGGAAUUUAAAAGUGUUGGAUUGAAUGGAUGUGCCAAAGCCAGCAGCCUUGAUCUUGGUGGUUUGAGUGCAUGUUUCAUCAGUCUCCGUGCUUGGAGAUUAGAUGGACGCUGUACUGAACUUUGUGUUAAGGCUCACUCAUUGAAAGGUCAGCAGUGUGUACAUUGCAGAUUAAUUGUAGGAGAUGGUUAUGUCACAAUUACGAAAGGGGAAAGUAUCCGAAGAUUCUUUGAGCAUGCUGAAGAGGCUGAGGAGGAAGAGGAUGAUGAUUCAGUUGACAAGGACGGAAACGAGCUUGACGGAGAAUGCUCUCGUCCCCAAAAGCAUGCAAAAAGCCCUGAACUGGCUCGAGAAUUUCUGCUAGAUGCUGCUACUGUUAUUUUCAAAGAGCAGGUUGAAAAAGCUUUCAGAGAAGGAACGGCACGCCAAAAUGCACACAGCAUAUUUGUCUGUCUUGCAUUAAAACUGCUGGAGGAACGAGUGCAUGUUGCUUGCAAAGAAAUCAUUACAUUAGAAAAGCAGAUGAAACUUCUUGAAGAAGAAGAAAAAGAAAAACGUGAAGAAGAAGAACGCAAAGAGAGGAGAAGGGCGAAGGAAAGGGAGAAAAAACUUCGGAGGAAGGAAAGACUAAAAGGAAAGGAAAAAGAUAAAGACAAAUUUUUUUCUGAAUCAAAUGAUAUACUUGGUUCUUCAGAAAUCUCCAAAGAAGAAUUGCCUGCAGGUGCUGAUAUGGAUCAAAAUAAUCUUAUUAGUUGCGGGAAUUCAGUUGUUGAAACAGAUGAAGUCAAUCUUCUGAGUGACGAUUCUCCUAACAUCCAAGAUAAAGAGUUCUCCAGUGAGAAUGAUACUUUGAGAACACAACACCUAUCUGAUGAUGAUUGUGAUGAAGAAAAUUCCAAUACAAAUGAUGAGACAGGUCAGCAGUCAACAGUUGAACAAUCAAUGGUUUCUCAUCAAAGUCUGGGAGGCAAGAAAGAAUUUCAGCUGGAUGAUAUGCCUAUGAAGUGGUCUGACAGGCACCGAUAUGCCAUUGUUUCUGACAAUGGUGCAAUGGUUGGCAAAACCGAUUCUAGAAAUUAUGGCGAGAGUUUUUUGACGUCAUCUAGAGUAAUUAGUGGAUCGAAUAGGCAAUCAAGAACAAGUGUUCCUGCAAAAUCCAAUGGUCGAAAUGGCAGUCCAAAGUAUGGCGAGAAGUUUUACAGUUCCAAGAACCGGAUGAAUGACAGAUGUGAUAUUCAUUCAUGCAGCUGUAGUCCAAAUAAUCAACAUUCUCCCAUGACAAGAGUUAGUCGGGAGUCAAAACCUGUUACUCAAUCUGAACCUGCUAAGCAGUUUUAUCGUGGUAAUAAGUAUAAUCAAGUAGACUACAUGCAUGAGUAUAAUGGAAGACCCAAAAGCAAAAUCAUUUUGGGGAACUAUCCCAGCAGGGAAUUGUUUCAAAUCAAAAAGGUUUGGGAGCCUACGGAAUCUCUGAAGAAAUAUCACCAUAGCAAUUCAGAUUCUGAUGUUAUUUUGAGGUCCACUAAAGUUCAAGAAUCUCAGUCUGAAUUGAUCAAGUCAUCUAUUGGGGAAAGCGUUGAUUCAGGUGAAAAUGAUCAUGAGAACUGUAAUUCAAAGAAUUUAAGUAGAACGGAUGCAGGCUGCGAAGAUGAUUUUCAAGUUAAAAUUGAAGGUUCUUGUAGCUCUAAGGAAGUUGCUCCUGAAAUAUGCGUAACUGGAGACUCUGCCUUGAACACUUCUGAUCCUACUCAAAGUAGCACUUUUAGUUCUGACAAUUGCUCGUCAUGUCUAAGUGAGGGUGACAAUAAUACAACCUCAUCAAACCAAGAAAAUCAAGAAUCCUUAACCACAUCAGAUUCUGAAGACAUUAGCCUACAAUCUGAAGUUAGAGAUAUUUCAGCUUGCGUGGAAAGCGUGCUGUCUGAUUGUCAUGAAGUUGCCAUGGAGAAUAACCAGAAUGCAAAUGGUGAGAGUUUGUCCAAAAGUUCAAGUUCACUGAUUGGUCAAUCCUUGGAUGGAACAAGAAGUGAUGCAUCACGGAAUUUUGUGGAAAUUGCCCAAAAUUUUAAUAAUGGGUUUUCCACAGCUAAUGUGUGUUCUCAACCUCAAAUCCUGCUUCCUCCAGUGUCAAAUCGAAAUAUUCAAUUUCCAACAUUUCAAGCUCCUUCAACAAUGGGUUAUUUCCAUCAAAAUCCAGUUUCAUGGCCAGCAGCUCCAACAAAUGGGUUGAUGCCCUUCCCGCACCCAAAUCAUUACUUGUAUGCUGGCCCUCUUGGAUAUGGCUUAAAUGAGGACCCGCACUUUUGCUUACAGUAUGGUUCCUUGCAGCAACCAACACCCUUGUUCAACCCUGCCAUUCCAGUUUAUCAGCCAGUUGCCCGAGCUAAUGUCUUGAAUUCAGAUGAAUGGAUACGAGUUUCCAAGCCAGCUUCCUUGCAAGAGCAUAUUAAUGGAUCUUUUGCAGAAAGAGCUGUUUCAUCUGGAAAUAAUUUGAAAAAACCAGUGUUCAGUGGAGAAGUUAAACAUGAUCGUUCUGCAAAGUCACAAGAGAAUAACGGUGACUUUUCCUUGUUUCAUUUUGGUGGUCCUGUAGCCCUCUCAACAGGUUGUAAAUCGACUUUGGCAUCUUCAAAUGGCAAUGCUGUUGGUGAUUUUAGCUUGAAAAGUUCAGUGGAUCAUGCCGAAAAGCUCCAUACUUGCAAUAAAAAGGAGACCACCAUCAUGGAGGAAUACAAUUUGUUUGCUACAAGUAAUAACUUAAGGUUUUCAAUUUUCUAAAAUGAUAAAGUGAGAAGUAUAAGGUGGCUGUUGCUGAAUCCAGUCCCUAUUUUCAUAUAUGAUAAACUGAGGUUUGAAUACUUUGUAAUUCGGUAAACAAUAAGCUUCCUUUAGCAAUUUUCAACUUUAAAAUAUAGCUUGAUUAGUUAAUUGUUGCCCAAUUUGUGCUGAAUUUUUUUAGUUAUAGAGAAAUAUUGAGAGUGUUGGAUUUUGAAGGUUUUUUUCUUGACUAUUUUGUGUGAAGAUAUAAUCACCCGAAAGUUUCGAUGAAGCAUUUGUUUACUUUGCAGUU